UCCGAUUGCGAAUUUGACGAAUUGAAAAAAUCACACGAAAUCCGGGUGCGAUGCUUGGAAACGAAGUUGGCAAGAUUCUGCUUUUACAUUCGUCACGGAAACUGAAACCAUAUGUACUAUUGUAGUCGGAUAUUGGACAAGACCGUUUCUAUCAACCACAACCCCAUCAACUGCUUGAUCGUAUAAUGGAAGCAUGGCAAGCGUGACCCAGAACCACGCUACACUCAGGACACAGCCUCGACUGGACUCCAAAUGGCUCAAGUCAGACCCCCAAGUGGCCUUUUCUAAGGAUGGCCUGAGUGGCUUGUGGAAUGAGCUGGUCAAGGAUGGGGAGCUGGUCGUGGGUAAGCCCAGGCAGAUCACCAACGCAGCAGGGGCAGCGGCUGCCAAAGGUGAAACAGGCAAGUAUUACUGCGCCAUGAGCGUCCUGUCCUGCAGCUGCUGCGAUGGCCGCUGCGGGCCAACCAACGGCUGCAACUGCCCACCUUGCCAGAGACUGGACGAGGAGGAGAGACGAGAGGAAGCGAGGGAGAGGACAUCGUCGAUGAGCAUCAUUGAGUCUUGGACCUGGGGAAAACAACCUGAUGGAUCCCAGCUGAAGGAAUGCUUACACCUGUUGCUGAGAGAACAGAACCGCCUCUUGCAGGAAGCUGCCCUGUCCACCCUCUCCUCGGUCCGACUCCGUCAGCGUCUGGUGGUCCUAGAGCGCUACUUCAUUGCUCUCUCCCGGCACUGCCCUGAACAGAAGGUGAUCACCAGGAAGCAGAAAGAGGAAGAAGGUUCUCCGGUGAAAACUAGAAGCCCUCCGAAACCAACUGAGAAGGCCACCACAUCCCUGGCCCGCGUUGGUGCCCGCACUGCCCUGUCCUUUGCCUUUGCCUUCCUGAGGAGAGCCUGGAGGUCCGGGGAGGACUCGGACCUCUGCUCAGAGCUCCUCCGCGAUGCCUUGGAGGCUCUACGCUCUCUGCCGGAGGCUACCCUCUUCGACGAGGCAUCUAUCUCAAAUGUAUGGGCUGAGGUGGUGCAGAAGGCUACGGACUUCCUUACAUCUGUUGUUGUUGGAGACCUGAAUGCCUGUGCUAGCGCCAAGGGCAACAACGACACCAUCCCAAUACCUGAUCAACACAGCGCCCUCGCUCUGCUCCUAGAGCUAGCCGUCCAGCGCGGCACCCUCAGCCACCUGCUGAGCGUAGUGCUGCUGUUACUGCAGCUGUGGGACAGCGGGAGGCAGGAACCAGACAACAGGACCAGCCCUCGCGGGACCACAGCUCCGCUGAUGGCGUUGCUGAAACGGUUCCAAGAGAUACCCAGCCCUAAAGGGAAGUUUACUGCCGAGGGGAGCAACCAAGAUGAUUAUGUAAGCCCCUCUGUGGUCAGUCCCACCGAGUGUUUCCUGCGUUACCUGACCUUACCUGACGAUGAUGACGCAUCGAUAGACCUACGACAGGCUGCAGUCAUUGUCAUGUCUCAUUUAGACCGCCUCGCUGCUCCUUACAUGCCAAGCACAGUCUGCCAAAAGGGUCCCGUUAUUCCCAUGGGCCAGGAGGUCUGGGUCAGCCGGUCAGCCCCCUUCACCAAGAACCCGCCCAGCUCCUCCACACUCACAGGCCCAGUGCCCGUCCCUGCCUUCAGUAACCUAGGCGUGGUGCAGGUGGUGUGCGGAGAAGGAUGCACGCUGAUCCUGACCCGCACCGGCAAGGUGUACAUGCAGAAGAGUGAGGCGGAAAUGUACCUUGAACUGGUUGACACCCUAACCAACAAGGACACAGUACAGUUGGCCACGCACCCAGCAGGCAAGCAUUACAUGGCACUGACGGCCGAGGGGGAGGUAUACACGUGGGGAUGUGGAGAUUCAGGGGAGCUUGGACACGGAGAUAAACGAUCCUGCACGGAACCAACUCCUGUAAAAAGUCUCUUCGGUGCUAAGGAGUCAUCCCAGCGUGUGGUAUUCAUUGCUGCUGGAAGCGGCUACAGUGCUGCCAUCACUGCCAAGGGAGAGCUGUACACAUGGGGAUCAGGGAGCUAUGGCCGACUAGGACAUGGUAAUAGCGAGGAUCGUCUGAACCCGACCCUAGUGUCUAACCUGAAGGGACAGGUCAUCAAGCAAGUUGCCUGUGGGUCACAGGAUGGACAGACCCUGGCCCUCACCAACACAGGACUGGUGUAUUCUUGGGGCAACAUGGAGUACGGCCAGCUUGGGCAGAAGGAGCGAGAGACCCCCAAGUCCCCUCGUCUUGUAGACAAGCUCCAGGAACAGAACGUGGCCAAGGUCUGCUGCGGGGCUCGCUUCUCACUGGCUCUGACUGAGAUGGGGACCGUCUGGAUGUGGGGUCGAGGUGAUGACAAUCGACUGGGCCAACCCACAGACGACCACUACCGUCUCCCCAAGCUGGUGGAGGGACUGCAGAGCAAGAAGGUAGUGGACGUUGCGGCAGGACAGCGGCAGUUCCAGGUGCUGACUGACACCGGGGAGCUACUGCAGGGUCAGAUCAGUCAAGCCACGACGGCAGUUAAAGGGAGCAAGGUGGAGCUGGUGACAGUGACUGCGCUGGAAGGGAAGGCUAUCAGCGGCAUCGCAUGCAGCUUUACAAAUAGCUAUGCCUGGACGUCCAGCGGCAACUGGUCAGUCGGCCUGAGUAUUCCCUUCAGCGUCCACGUGACCAAGUCCACCUUUGAGCGGUUAGACGGUCUGCUUGAGCGUGUCUGUGAGGGUCUGGAUGGCCCUAGUGACUGGCCUCCACCCCAGGAGAAGGAGUGCAUGGCCGUGGCUGGGUUGAACCUACUCAGACUACAGCUCCAUGCAGCCAUAGCCCAUGGCGAGGAUGCCGAGAAGCUCGGGCUAGGCCUGGGAGGGACACUCCUGUCCAACCUCAAACAGCGCGUAGUGGACUUGGCCAGCAAUGCGGGUGUCAUUCCAACAGUGCAGAUUGCGGCCCAGUCCACUUUGCAGACGGGGUGGUCCAUGCUGUUACCCACAGCUGAGGAGAGAGCCAGGGCACUGUCUGCUCUACUACCAAGUGGCGGAGGUGAGAGUGUCACGAUGACUCCCGGCCGUCGAUUUAUGAUGGACCUCCUGGUAGGCAGCCUGAUGGCCGACGGUGGCCUGGAAUCGGCCCUCGAUGCCUCCGUCCACUCCGAGGUCCGAGAACUGGAAAGCCAGAAGGAGAAAGACAUCGCUGAACCUCCCCCGGGCACCGAGGGGGGCAAGGGAGGCAGGGGAGGGGUCACUGAGGGGGAAGCUGAAAAGAGAACCAUCAGGGAAGAGCAACAGAGAACCAGCAAGGACAUCAGCAUGAGCAUCCCACUUCUGCAACUAGUGCAACAACUCCUCAAGAAUGCAUCGUCCAUCACCUUGUCCAAGCUCCAGGAGUUGUCGGUAGAUUUCAGCAAGAGCGAUCCGCCUCCCAUCAUGGUCAAGAAUGAGAAGUCCACCUCCAUGGAGCUGCUGCUCAAGUUUCAGAGGCUCCUGGUCUGUUUCCUGUUUCCCUUUGACAGCCAGCGGCGGAAGUCGGCCUGCGGUCAGGCAACUUCUUCUGAGACGCUGGGUGCAGUGUCUCUCCUGAGGAAGUACAUCAGUCUUCUAUCGGCUCACAUCCAUGAUGUGCUGCCUGCAGCCUCAGACCUAGCCGCUCGCACUCCUAAACAGUUCCCGGCUGUGGCUAGCAUCAUCGAGUCUGAUCUCUCAGGUGUCUUGCUUCCAGAGCUGAUCGCUAGCCUGGUCCUGCUCCAGGUCAAGCGGCGCUCAAUCCCGAUUAAUGACCUCACCAGUUUAGUUGACCUGCUGGACGUGUUUAACCGGCUGUCUCCGGGCAUGGACAAAGAGGAUGCGGAAGACCUGGCCUGGUCUGGUCAUCUCAGAGGUGGGAUUUGCGGUAUGUCGGCGUCAGGCGGUGCGACCUCCAACUGCCCCAUGACACCCGAGGACGUCCCACUGAUCCGCAAGGCUGACCUGGAGAACCACAACAAGGAUGGAGGACUGUGGGUGGUCAUCAACGGCAAGGUGUAUGACUUGAAGGACUUCCAUUGCACCGCACCGUGUGGCAAGGACAAACUGCAGCAAUAUGCAGCCAAAGAUGCGACGGAGGAAUUUCAGAGCGUCGGUCACUCAGCCAAGGCAGUUCUGAUGAUGGAGAGCUUCUUUGUCGGGAUGUAUGUCGGGCCUGAGGAGGAUAUAGUCAUCCCAGCACUUGAAUCCAGUUGCACCUCCUCCCCUCUCAUCGAUGCCGAGCGAGCCCUCGGCCUCCUCAUUGGCCUCACCUCCUGCCAUCAAGCUUGUGGGAACUCCCUCCACCCAGCUGAAAUCGACAACAGCCAUUGGCUGGACUCUCCACUAUUCAGCGGUGGGUUGCAGCUAGGACAGCGUCCCAGCGUCCUGGAACGCUUGGACCGGGGGUCUAACGCUUCCACGCCCGCAACCACGCCGGUUCAGGCUCCGGGAAAGUACGAGGAUAACCAGAAGUACUUUGCACGCUCGGCGUCGCUAGCUGAUUCAGCCCGGCCGUUCUUACAAGCUCUAGCCGACAGCAGACUGCAGGAUCCUGGCGUUAAAGGGUUCCUAGCCCAGUGUGAUCGCUACUGCCGUCUGCAUCAUCUAGUCCCGCCUAUUGAGUUCCCGCCAACACAUCCUAUCGAGGUUGCCGGUCGGUCACUGAUGGCGUGCAUCCUGAAGCACCACGACUUGGGGCAUGCCGCGCUGGCCCUGGUGGAGCACGGAGCACAGGGGGACGGUCUCGGACAUCUGAGGCAUUCUGCUAUGCCUAAAUCCAUCGCUGAAGUCUGCAAAGUGGUCUGCCAGGCAAAACGCUCACUCAUGAAGACCCGUCAGGAUUUAGUCCACUCCUACGAAGACGUCUGCAACCCAGUCAUCCAGCGCUGCCGCUUCAUCUUCAACGAGCUUCGCCCGGCCAUCGGCAAUGAGGUGUCCGCUCUGUCCAGACUCAAGAUCCUGAGCACUCCGCCACGCUGGAAGCAGGUGGUGCUCAAGAUGAUCAGGCAGCGACGAGCUACGGCCGCAGCUGCUGCUGCUGCUGUCUCAGCCUCGGCCCAGGAAGAGAAGGGAACCAAGGACGUGAAAGCCAAGACGGACGGCGGCGAGGCAGAAGGUGAAGAGCCCGGAGCGGUAGGCGGAGCGGGAGUGGUUCGAAUUUUUGCCAAACAGCAGCAGCCAAAGACAGAGAAGAAGCCGGCUAAAGAUAAGGACUCCUGGAGAGCUGUGGUCAGUGCCAUCACCAGCGCCCGUAAGUUCAAGUGGUUGCGUCAGCGCAUGACAGGUGCCUCCACGCAGACCGCCCUCAUGAGCCAGAUUGUGGAGUUUACCAUCAACGACAGCAACCUGGACCUGGAGAAACUCCGGAUGGCUCUCUACUCCCAGCUUGAGAGAGCUGAGAGUCGCCUACAAGGCGCCGACGCCAUGCUUGCCCAGCUAAGGAAAGACCAGCUCAUCCCCUCGGUUCGAUACGCCAUGCUCUGUGGCUGGCAAGGCCUGGCGGACCGACACACCGACACCGCCCACCCACGCCUCUUCCAAGACGCAAACUCCCACUGCCUGAAAAACGUCGACCUGAUCCCGCCCUACGACCGCGUCAUCCUCCAGACCACCUUUGCCAAGCUGAGCCGCUGGGCCGUGGAUGAGCUCCGGCAUCAGGUGCUAUCGGCCAAUGAGACGCUGAGCUGCUCGGCCCAGGUAGCCAAUGAGGAGGAAGAAGAGGAAGACGGUGGACUGACGCUGGGGGUGCUACCACAGGCUCGGUUCAUACUAGCUACCCUGGGGAUGCUGACCAAGGAACACCUGGCCUGUGGCGUGAGUCUGCUGCUUAACUCUGGCGUGCUGGGACUGAUGCAGACUAUCCUUAGACUUACUGGUCCCGAUCAUGACUGUUCUAAUGACGAUGACAGCCCCUUGCCAGCGACAGUGUUUGAAGAGACCCGCAACAUGCCCCAGCCGGCCCCCAUGCCAACCAGCGGGCCUGAGCUGGCUGGUAUGAUGAAGAUUGGCACCAGGGUGGUGAGAGGACAGGACUGGAAAUGGGGAGAUCAGGACGGACCCCCACCCAGUGAGGGGCGGGUCAUCGGAGAACUAGGGGAGGAUGGUUGGAUCCGCGUGCAGUGGGACACAGGCAGCACCAACUCAUACCGCAUGGGCAAGGAGGGGAGGUAUGACCUGAAGCUGGCCGGCCCCCUGCCGGUAGUGGAACAGGCCGAGGAUGAGAAGGAAUGCAUUAUAGAUCCAGCUGCUAAGAAACGUCCAGAGAGCAGCCACCCAACAGCCCUGAUCCGCCGGUCUAGCAUCUGCCUCCUUCAGCUUCUGACCCUCAGCUGCGGCAUCCAUGCUGAGAACAUGCAGCGAGACGCCACCAAGACGUUGUGCGGACUACUUCGGACGCUGGUGGAUGCCGGCCAGGCAAAGCCAUCACUUGAAGGUGAGCUGUCCCCAUCCAGACUGGUAGCCAGUCAGCAGUACCAUGAGUGGGCCACUCUGGGCUUCAUCUCCAGCGUAGCCAGUGCCCCUAGCCUGUGCCGAGCCCUCAGCACACCAGACUGGAUGGACCUGCUGCUGAGUAUGGUCAGGAAACCAGACAUCACACCGGACACCAUUACCAUGCAGAUUUCAGUCCUGCGUCUUCUGAGAGCAAUCUUACCAGCUUGGGAGCGAACGGAGCCAUCGCCUCGCACCGACAUCCUCGUCAAGAAACUCUUCACUUUACUAGGCUCAGUGCUGCUGGCCUGCUCAGCCGACUUACCCUACCCAUACUCAGACGGUAGCAGUAAGGGUAAGAAGCAGUCUCGUUGCAAGGUCUCCCUGACAGCCUCCAUGGGUAGCACCGUGGCUGAGGAGAUCAUCAUCCUACUACGCCGACUACACACCCUACCAGCCUGGAACCAGACCAUCAAUGAUUACAUCACACAGCAGCUUAGUACGGUCACGGACAUCCUGCUGGAGCAGGGUCAUGCAGAGCCUCAGAACGUAAGCCAAGAAGACACCCUGGCCAAGGAUGGCGCCGUCAUGUCAGCGCUGGCCAUGAUAGGUGGCCUGGAUGGCCGGCCGCGGCUCGGUGGCCUGGUCAGACAUGAAGAGUUUGGUCAAGGGACGGUAGCCAAUAUCGCAGCCAGUGGCCGCUUGACAGUUCAGUUUGAAGAACAGAGAGUGCUAAGGAUGUGUCGACUCUCCUCCAUUACUUCAGUCCCUAUUCUGAGUUUUGACGUUGACAAGCUUCGCCUGACACCUGCUGUCUUGGAUGCCUGGGUGCAUCUCAUCAGCCUAGCUGGGUCUGGCUUCAAGGCCCUCAGAGCUCUGUCUGGCAGGAACGGCAGUGGCUUGGCAGAUCCAGAUGCAGUCAACCUGAACCGUCUUCGCAAGCAGCAGAUCCGCCUGGCCCUCCUGCGUGCCGCCCGAGUCAUGUUCAGCAAGCAGGACAACCUCCGCAAGGUCCUGUCCCUCCUGGCGGCCGCAGAGCCCCACCCCUCCUCAGGGGAGAAUGGUAGCAGCCCAGACAGCAUGACCCCACCCAAGAUGACCCUGCUGCAACAGUUAAUGAAUGCAGCCACCCAGCCCUCCCCAAUCAAGGCAUUAUUCGAGAGGGGUGAACUGGAGGCUGCUGCUUUAGCCCUAUGCCAAUACCUAGUCGCUGAGACCAAGACCCCACCCCCAGGCUACCUCAACGAGGAGGUGCGCAUCCCCCAACCGGUCCGUGAGAUCGUCAGUCCAUCAGACACGGCCGCAGCGCGUCCUGUCCGCCAGCGCCGGGCUAAGCCAGCCGAGUUGCCCCCGUCACCUCUGGUCAGCCAGCUGAUGGAGAUGGGUUUUGUACGAAGGAACGUGGAGUUUGCUAUCAAAGCUCUCAGUGGCGGUUCAGACUCUAAGCCCAGCGCUGAAGCAGUUGCAAAUUGGCUAGUGGACCACCCAGAUAUCGUUGACUUGCCCGACGUCUCAGAAUCGGACAGUGAGCUGUCCUCAGAAUUCUUGCCCGACGAUGAUGACGACGAUGACGAAUUUGAAGACUUGGAAGGAGACUAUGAAGAGAUGCUAGCUGCUGAGGGAACGCUCUUCAAGAAACGCAGUGAUUUCCUGAGUAAUGACGAGUACGCCAUCUACGUCCGCGAUAACAUCCAGAUAGGCAUGACGGUACGCUGCUGCCGAACCUAUGAGGAGGUGCAGGAGGGCGACGUUGGCAAGGUUGUCAAGUUGGAUCGUGAUGGCCUCCACGACCUCAACGUCCAAGGCGAGUGGCAGAUCAAGACGGGGACCUACUGGGUGCGGUACAUCCACGUGGAGCUGCUGGGGUUCACGCCCCAGUGUGCCCCAGGGUCAAACAUCAAGGUUGGCGACAGGGUGAGGGUGACACGCAACGUCACUUCACCCAAGUACAAAUGGGGGUCAGUGUCCCACCAGAGUGUGGGAACAGUUACUGGCUUCAGUGCCAAUGGCAAAGACGUGACAGUCAACUUCCCCCAGCAGCCCCACUGGACUGGACUGGUAUCCGAGAUGGAACUGGUGCCCAGCACACACACUGGUGUCACAUGCGACGGUUGCCGGGCAACUUACAUCACCGGUCCCCGCUUCAAGUGUAAGACCUGUGACGACUUUGACUUCUGUGAGAACUGCUUCCGGACUCGACGCAACCACCGCCACCCAUUUGUGCGCAUUUCUGAACCAGGGAGUUCACCCAUCAAUGUCGGCCGGCCAGGCCGUGGAAGGCGUAGGGUGGGCCCCGUGGCGGGGUCCCUGAUCGAAGACUGGUCUCGCUGCGUGAAGAACAGCGAGGUCUCCUCCAAGGAAGGCCAUAUCGCCAGGCUGGUGGACGGCAACCCCAACACCUUCUGGCAAUCCUCUGGCUCACAGGGAAAGCACUACAUCCGUCUGACAAUGCAACCCAACAUCCUCGUCCACCGUCUACGCAUGACAGUUGACCCCAAUGACAGCAGCUACCAACCCUCCAUGGUCAUCAUCUCAGGGGGAGACAGCAUCCCUAAUCUCAAGGAGCUCAAGACCCUCCGCAUCGGUCCCACCGAGUCACUCAUCACGCUGCUGCAAGACAUCAAAGAGUACCAUCGCGUGAUUGACAUCAGCAUCAAGCAGUGCAAGUCCAGCGGCAUCGACUGCAAGGUCCAUGGCCUGUCCAUCGUGGGACGUCUCUGCCCAGACGAGGACGAUGUUGCUGCCACGUUCUCCUUCUUAGCCUCCGAGAAUGAAGACGAAGAUGAGCGGAGUAACGCCAGGGUUCUGGCCCGUCGCCGGUCGGCUGAGGGUAUUGGCGGGAGAGACAUACAGACGAAGGUCUUCGUCUGGGGACUGAAUGAUAAGGAUCAACUGGGAGGGCCAAAGGGAUCAAAGAUCAAGACACCCGUCCUGAACGAGUUCCUAUCCAAUCUGAAGGUAGUGCAAGUGGCCGGGGGAUCCAAAAGUCUUUUUGUUGUGACUGCAGAAGGUAGAGUGUUUGCUUGCGGUGAAGGCACCAACGGACGACUAGGUCUGGGUUCCUCCGCUAAUGUCUCGUCUCCCAAGCAACUCAUGGCCUUACAGCAGUAUACCGUCAAGAAAGUCGCCGUCCAUUCAGGUGGGCGUCACGCCAUGGCUCUGACCAUGGAUGGCAAAGUCUUCUCAUGGGGUGAGGGAGAGGACGGAAAGCUGGGCCACUUCAGCAGAAUGAAUUGUGACAAACCCAGGGCCAUCGAAGCACUCAAGACCAAGCGUGUGAGGGACAUCGCCUGUGGCAGCUCCCACAGUGCAGCAGUCACAUCUAGCGGGGAGCUGUUUACCUGGGGUCUGGGGGAGUACGGACGACUGGGACACGGGGACAACACUACACAGCUCAGACCUAAACUGGUGAAAGCUCUAGCAGGUCAGCGUGUCAUGCAAGUUGCCUGCGGCAGUCGUGAUGCCCAGACCCUGGCCCUGACAGACGAGGGUCUGGUCUACUCCUGGGGGGACGGGGACUUUGGCAAGCUGGGCCGUGGGGGUAGCGAGGGGUGUAGCGUGCCUCACAACGUGGAGAGAUUGAACAGUCAUGGGAUAUUGCAGAUUGAGUGCGGGGCACAGUUCUCACUGGCGCUGUCCAAAACCGGCACAGUCUGGACCUGGGGGAAAGGUGAUUAUUUCCGUCUGGGCCACGGUGCCGACUCCCACGUCCGUAAGCCCCAGAAUGUAGAAGGUCUGAAGGGCAAGAAGAUCAUCCACGUCGCGGCUGGUGCCCUUCACUGCCUGGCGGUUACCGACACAGGACAGGUGUUUGCCUGGGGCGACAACGACCACGGACAACAGGGAAAUGGGACCGUGACCGUGGACAAGAAACCGACUCUAGUAGCCGGCCUGGAGGGAGUGCGUAUCACCAACGUGGCCUGUGGGUCCUCUCAUAGCAUCGCCUGGUCAACCACUGAUGCAGCGGUCCCCUGUAUGCAUGAACCAGUGCUGUUCACUACACCUAGGGAUCCACUUGGUGCCACUGAACUCGGUGUAAUGGGUGAGCCUGGCCAGGAGCCUAAUGACAAGGCCAGCGGCUGUCAGGGAAGCAAGCAGCGGCCAUCUUUAGCCAAGGUCAUGUUGUCACUGGAUACCAACGCGAUGCGUCAGAUGGCACUGGGACAGAUACUGACUGCACUGCAGAUCAUCUACGCAAGGGAUGCAGUGGUGGGUUCCUUGAUGUCCAGCACUCGUAUGGCCCUGGCUGAAUCCAACCAAACCUCGGCUGCAGUCACUCCUAACGAGAGCCCCAUGUCUACCGCUACUAACCCCAUAGACCUGAGCGAAAUCUCACUCAGUGCUGACGGCACUGAGCCUGCUAUUGAUGGAGAUGGUGACGCACCAAGCACAUCAGCACAUACCUUCCCAUCCACUGGGGCUACUGUGGUCCCAGAAACGAUCACCAGCGCUGAUCAGGUGACAAGCCCAGAUGACAAGGGUCCCGUCAGUCCCAUCCCCUCCCUGGAUGACUUUACCAGCACCCUGCAGCACGACGACGCCCGCGUGCUGGUCGAUCUCCUCAAACUGGCUGUGGCUAACAGAGCAGGGCAUCAUGGGAAGCAGGCCAUCUCGGACACGCUGACGGCGAUGGCCAAAUACUACCCAGAGGUUGCGGACAUGCUGUUAGAACUCUGCGUGACAGAGUUGGAAGACGUUGCCUUGGAUACGGAGUGCGGUAGGUCGGCCAUGCAGCCGGUGAUACAAGAGAGCCCUCAUCCCUACGCCGAUGACACCGUCACCAACGGGCACGUCAAGAUAGCAGGAGCGGAAGCACUGAGAGUAGAGUUUGAUCGCCAGUGCUCAACGGAGCGACGUCAUGAUCCACUGACUAUCAUGGACGGAGCAGGAAGGACAGUCUCUGUCCGAUCAGGGAGGGAGUGGUCUGACUGGUCAGCCGAGCUGCGCAUCACCGGCGAGGAGCUCAAGUGGAAGUUCACCAGCGAUGGUUCAGUCAACGGCUGGGGCUGGCGCUUCACCGUCUUCCCCAUCAUGCCUGCCGCAGCCCCUAAGGACCUGCUGUCUGACCGCGCCGUGCUGUCCCGUCCCUCCAUUGACUUGGUGACCUGUCUGCUGGAUUUCAGGCUGGAAUCCUCCACGGAUCGUAAGAUCAUGCCACGGCUUGCUGCCGCGUUGGCGGCAUGCGCUCAACUUGGAUCUCUAGCUGCUUUCCAGCGCAUGUGGGCCCUGCAGAGACUGCGGAAGCUGAUCGCGACCGAGUUCCAUGGUAAUCUCAACGUGGAAGCCAUCCUGGGCUUGGAAGUCUCUGAUGAGUCUGCCACUGCCUACAAUGCCUUCAAUGGCACAGCCCUGGCUGCCCUAGUCAAGGGUCUCCCAGAAGCCCUCCAGCGCCAGUACGAAUAUGAGGACCCCAUCGUGCGAGGAGGCAAGCACCUCCUCCACAGCCCUUUCUUCAAGGUCCUGGUAGCCCUGGCUUGUGAUCUUCACUUGGAUGCUCUUGGCUGCUGCGUUGAGUCGCAUCGCUGGGCUUGGUUCCGACGCUACUGUACUGCUGCACGGGUCUCCAAAUCACUGGAGAGCCGUAUUCAUCUACCUGAAAUGUUCUGCGAGGAGGUGAUGAAGAAGAUCCGAGAAAUCAGCGCAGAGAGUGACGGUGCUACACAUCGUGAACAUGAGAACCACGCUGAGUUCAAACGGGAGCAUGAUGAACAGAUCUUGAUGUGGAUGAACAGGCGGCCUGAUGACUGGACCCUCUCCUGGGGAGGUAGCGGCACCAUCUACGGCUGGGGUCACAACCACAGGGGUCAGCUAGGGGGCAUUGAGGGGGCAAAGGUCAAAGUGCCUACGUCCAUUGAGUCGCUGACCGCUUUGAGACCAAUACAGAUAGUGGGUGGGGAGCAGACGCUGUUUGCUGUGACUGUGGACGGCAAGGUUUAUGGCACUGGUUAUGGUGCGGGCGGUCGUCUAGGCAUCGGUGGUACCGACUCAGUCUCAACCCCAACUUUGCUUGAAUCGAUCCAGCACGUCCACAUCAAACGGGUCGCCGUCAACUCAGGUGGCAAGCACACCCUGGCGCUGUCCAUUGAAGGAGAAGUGUAUUCAUGGGGUGAAGGAGAAGACGGGAAACUAGGCCAUGGCAACAGAACGCAAUGUGAUCGGCCAAGAGUCAUUGAAAGCCUCCGUGGGAAGGAGGUUGUAAACAUCGCCUGUGGCGGUGCCCACAGCGCAUGCAUGACAUCGAGCGGGGAGCUGUUCACCUGGGGUAAAGGUCGCUACGGACGGCUGGGUCACGGAGACAGUGAAGACCAGCUAAGACCUAAAAUGGUUGAUGCCCUGAAGGGAUUCCGUGUGGUUGAUGUCGCCUGCGGUAGCGGCGACGCCCAGACCCUCUGCAUCACCGACGACGAUAACGUCUGGUCCUGGGGAGACGGAGACUACGGCAAGCUGGGCCGGGGUGGUAGCGACGGCUGCAAAGUGCCCCAGAAGAUUGACAUACUGAGCGGGGCCGGGGUCUGCAAAGUGGAAUGUGGGUCGCAGUUUUCUAUCGCGCAGACCAAGUCUGGUAUUGUCUACACAUGGGGAAAGGGUGAUUACCAUCGCCUGGGCCACGGCACCGACGAUCACGUGCGGCGCCCCCGCAAGGUGGCAGCCCUCGGUGGCAAGAAGGUCAUCUGUGUGGCAACGGGGUCACUGCACUGUGUGGCCUGCACGGACCAAGGUGAGGUACAUACAUGGGGUGAUAAUGACGAAGGACAACUAGGAGAUGGAACAACUAACGCCAUUCAAAGGCCUAGAAUGGUUACAGCAUUACAAGACAAGAAGAUCACCAACGUCGCCUGCGGCUCAGCCCACACCAUCGCCUGGUCCACCAGCAAGCCCGUCAACGCCGGUAAGCUCCCCAAGACAAUCCCCAUGGAGUACAACCUCCUCCGAGACAUCGCCAUCCCGGUAGUCCGCAAUCGACUGGUACUCUUACAUCACUUCUCGGAGCUGUUCUGUCCGUCCAUACCCAUGUUUGAUCUGCACGCUGAGGAGGACAGUAAGUCAGGGACUGGAACCCUGGUCGGGAUUGAUGCGCUGAGAGGGCUGCUGGUGUCCUCUGGAAAGGAAGCAGCCUUCCGCAAGGUAGUCCAAGCCACCAUGGUACGAGACCGUCAGCACGGUCCAGUCAUUGAGCUGAAUCGUAUCCAGGUCAAACGAUCCCGCAGCAAGGCGGGACUGGCCGGACCUGACGGCACCAAGUCUGUCUUUGGCCAGGCGUGCUCCAAGCUCAGCCAGUUUGGCUCGGAUAGCUUACUGCUCCCGCAUCGUGUCUGGAAAGUCAAAUUCAUCGGGGAGAGUGUUGACGACUGCGGAGGUGGUUACAGCGAGUCCAUAGCUGAGAUGUGUGAUGAGUUACAGAACGGUUCCACCCCGCUCCUAGUGUUGACUCCCAAUGGGCGUGAUGAGGCCGGGGCUAACCGAGACUGCUUCCUGCUUAAUCCAGCAGCCAAGUCACCCACUCACCAGAACAUGUUCAGGUUCCUAGGUAUUUUGAUCGGCAUUGCUAUCCGUACCGGAAGUCCCCUCAGCCUUUCCCUAGCCGAGCCGGUCUGGAAGCAGCUAGCCGGCAUGCCCCUGACUGUCACUGAUCUCACAGAAGUGGACAAGGACUAUAUGCCAGGUCUAAUUUGUAUCCGUGACAUGGAGCCUGAAGCCUUCCUAUCCAUGGACAUGUCCUUCAGUACGCCUAGCGCUACCGGCAUGGACGUCCCCUUGAGCACCAAGCAUGCACAUAUUACACUGGAGAAUAGGAAUGAAUAUGUCAGAGCAGCCCUCAACUACAGGUUACAUGAGUUUGAUGAGCAGGUGCAGUGGGUAAGGGAAGGCAUGGCCAGGGUCAUUCCUGUACCCCUACUCUCACUCUUCACAGGAUCGGAACUCGACACCAUGGUCUGCGGAAGCCCAGACAUCCCCCUGCAUCUCCUCAAGUCGGUCGCUACCUACAAGGGCAUCGAUGCUGCAGCUCCCCUCGUCCAGUGGUUCUGGGAAGUCAUGGAGGACUUCACGAACACGGAACGCUCCUUGUUCCUCCGCUUUGUCUGGGGUCGGACGCGCCUGCCCCGCACUAUCGCCGACUUCAGGGGACGGGAUUUUGUUCUGCAGGUCUUGGACAAGUACAGCCCACCUGACUUCUUCCUCCCCGAGUCCUACACCUGUUUCUUCCUCCUGAAGCUGCCCCGUUACUCCUGCCGAGAGAUCCUGCGCGAGAAGCUCAAGUAUGCCAUCUACUUCUGCAAGUCCAUCGACACGGACGACUACGCCCGCAUCGCGCUGACUGGCGAGGCGGCCGGGGGAAACUCCAGCGAUGAUGACAGUGACGACUUUGACGCGUUGGACAGUGCUCCCGAAUCGGAGGAAAUUACCUGUUGAUCAGAAUCCUUGUAAUUUAUAAAAUUAGAAAUUGAGUUUGAAAUCAGUUUAUCUACAAGAGAAAGUUGGAGUCCCCUAAUUAUUUUCAGCAGCUGGUGUGCUAACUAAAGAUGUCUGUUAAAUAUUAAUAGGUUUAUGUUAUUGCUUUUGAUAAUGCAAGAUAAAUAUGCUAUUCCCAAUGCCCGUAUCAAAGUGCAAGUUGCAAAAUGUUUGUGGAAUUCAUGGCCUUUUUUUCAUCAUAUACAUGUAUGUGUCCUUUCAAAAUGAAAUAUGGCAAGAAUUUAAUGGAAGAGAAGCUUUGCAAGACAUUUAAAGGUCAGAAACAUUAUUUCAGUUAUGAGCCGUCUUGCAAAAAUGUUCACAGUUUUAGGGUGAAAGUAAUCAGUGCCAAACGAAAUAUGAAAUGAUUUCAAGGCACUUAAAAUUGAUUUGUGGAUAUCCACUAAAACAAGAAAUGUUCAUGUUAAAAUGCACAGUGAAAGUGCAUUAUUAAAGUAAGCACUUGUGCAGAAUUUGUUUGUCGUUACUAGAAUCUGUAUGCAUUAAAGAAAACGUUUUAAUGUCGGUGUAUAACCAAUAGGUUUACUCAGAGCAAUGUGAAAAAUAGACUUUAUCCACGUAAGCCUUGUUGGUGAAUUGCAAAAAGUAGUGGAUACACUUGGCGAAAAUUGCCAAAGUGUUGGACAAAGUAGAACAAAGCUUUCAUAUUUUACAACGAAAAAACGCAGUAACUGUAAUUUAAUCAGUAUUUGUAGGUGUUAAGUUGAUAUUCCGAAACCAAGAGUAACUCAGAUGCAUGCAAUGUUUGUAAUUUUUAUUGUGUCAAUUUGUAAAUCAAUGCAGCAUAAAGUUAAAAAAUAUGAUGCAAUUGUGACAAAUGUACAGUUCCAAUAUACAGAAAUAUAUAUUGGGUUAUUCAAUGUUGAACAUGUUGCAUUGGUUAACUCUAUCGCCUUGGAUGACAAGGUACGAGAAAAAAUGUCCUUUUGUUUUUGUUUUGUUUUCUUGUUAAAACUUCUUGUUCCUUUUGCCAUAAAUAUAUGUGAACAAGAUUUGUUCAUGAUAAUAAAUAUACUAUCAGAGAAAGCAUUACUAGGCCUAUAAUAUAAACUUUUCGUUGGCUUUUUAAUUUGUGUUUAUAUACUUAUCGGUGUUGAUUUUUAUCAAAACCUAGAAGUCAUUUAAAAUAUUUUGUAUGCUUAGCAAAAAAAGUUGCAAUGUUUGUAUGAACUGUUUUGGUGCUUAGUAGUAACCCCUCCUCCAAAAAAGAAGAAAAUUCAGGCACAAGAAUGAUUGAAAGGAAUAUUCUUAGAAUAGAUUUGUAAGAAGGCAGAGGAAUUCUUUUGCAGCUGAAAGUUAAGUUUUUAGAAGUAUUUGGAGAAAAAAAAUAGCCAUAGAAUGUGAAAAUGCAAGGAAAAUUAAACCAAAAAAAAAAUAGUUUUCAUUUGAUAACAAAAUUAUUAUUAUUAUUUGGCCAAGUGUUAUAGUAUGAGUGUUGCUGGUAAAAGUUUGAGGAAGAAAAGAAAUUGGAAUAGUUUUGUUUAUGGGCGAAUAUUUAUUCUUUGAAGAAUUGUUUAUCGCUAUGAUUUUUCCCUUGCAUUGCUGACAAAACCUGUAUGUAUUUUCCCAAUGUGAAACAAUGUAAAUGUUUGUCAAAAAUGUGAAAUAAUUGUGAAAAGUAAUAAAAUAUGCAAAAGCAUAAAGUAUGCGAGGCUGUA